UCUAUGCAGCGUCACUUCCGUCUCCUCCUUAGCAAAGCAAGAUGGCGGCCGUCGUAGAGAGAGUUGAUGGAUGUGUUGGGUCCUUGGACUCGGACGCGGUGUCACCCAGACAGUCCAGCCCUCCACCGGACCAGCCGCACCAGAACAACCCGCUGUUAGGACUGCCCAUUGUGGCCAUCGAUGCCAUUCUGAAUUUUCUGACCUACGACGAAAUCAGCCUGCUGCGCUCGGUGUGUAAGCGCAUGGACGUGAUCUGCCAGCGCGUCCUGAACCAGGGCUUCCUGAAGGUGGAGCGGUACCACAGUCUGUGCCAGAGGCAAGUCAAAGCCCAGCUGCCCAGGCGAGAAUCGGAGAGGAGAAACCAUUCCCUGGCCCGCCACGCUGACAUCCUGGCUGCCGUGGAGACGCGCCUCUCUCUGCUCAACAUGACCUUCAUGAAAUACGUCGACUCCAACCUGUGCUGCUUCAUCCCUGGAAAGGUGAUAGAUGAGAUUUACCGCGUGCUGCGCUACGUGAACUCCACUCGGGCCCCACAGCGAGCUCACGAGGUUCUGCAGGAGUUGAGGGAUAUCUCCUCCAUGGCCAUGGAGUACUUUGACGAGAAGAUUGUGCCCAUCCUGAAGAAGAAGCUGCCGGGGGCAGACCUGUCCGGACGCCUCAUUGGCUCCACACCAGUGGCCGGUCCAUCCACCUCCCUGACCACCAUGUCCCUGUUGGCCAAGAACACGCCGUCGCGCUCGGAGAUGACCAAGGUGCAGCAGCAGGUGAAGGUGAACGGCGCGUCGAUGACGGUGCUGCGCCGCGAGAUGCAGGAGAUCCGCGUCAAGCAGCUGGAGCAGCAGAAGCAGCUGCAGGACCAGGAGCAGAAGCUGCUGGAACAGACCCAGGUGAUCGGCGAGCAGAACGCCCGCCUCGCCGAGCUGGAGCACAAGCUCCGCGAACUGAUGGACAGCAGUGCCGCCGCCCUGGGCGGAGCCCGGCCCGGCGCCCCCGUCCCCUCCACAUCCAGCAGCGCCGGCGCUGUGGCCACCGCGGCCGCCGCAGCCGCCACCACGGCCAAUACGGUGUUGGCCAGUGGCAGCGCCGCCGCAGCGUCUCUAUCCAGAGAGCCAGAGGGCGAGGGGGGGGCAUCACUCAAACGCACCAGAAAGAGCUCGGAGCUCCCGCGACAGUCCAAACGGCUGCGCAGCAAGAAAUAAGAGACUCAGUGUGUCCAUUUAGUUGAAGUUCUGUUUUUGGUUUCGAGGUCUGACUGAUCACACCUUCUCCCAAAUCUCCCCCACCCCCCCCGCGUCUCUGCCCACCCCAGCAACCCCCAUCAGAAUCAGAACACAGGCAGGUGGUCGGGCCUUUGCAGCGAAGCAACUAUUUAUUAAAGAUUACGUUAAAAUCACUGUAUAGCUUUUUAACGUAGAUGCUUUUCUAACAGGCUUAUAUGUUUGCCAAAACAAUUUGGUAGGGCUUAACAGAAAUUCUGAUGGUGGGUUAAUUUGGUCAACGGAAGUCACACGUCACGUCAUAUUAAUGUAGUCCCUCCCUGGAAUAAAAUCUACCAAUAGAUUUAAUUUCACAAACGCACACGAUUAAAAGGAUAUCCCAGAGAAAAUGCAGAGUUAUGACGGUCCUUACAUCACAAUAACUAAAACUUCUAAUAAUAAACCUACUGGAAGUUAGUAGGAAGCAAUGAUUUCAUUCAUACGUUCUUCCUAACUUUGGCUAAGUGCAAUAAAAAUCUGUAACAUUUUACUUGAAGGUAUCUACAUAAGAGUGACAUGACACUCAUGAACACGUGUUCAUGACAGUGUCAUGUCACUCUUAUGUAGAUACCUUCAAGUAAAGUGUAACCUAAAAAUCCUCUAGAAAGUAAGACGUAAUUGAUAUUCCUUGGCAGCUUGGUUGGUCCGUCCAAACUCGCUGCUCAGUUUUUGAAUCGGCAUUAAAAAA